AUGGCAGCGACCAGUAUUCCAGAUUUAGUGGAUUUGAUCGCUUCAAGUGCAGCAUCUAAUGUGUAUCCAAGUGAUGAUCAUAUCUUGACCACAAUUCAAGCACGGUUACGUGCUGAUCAUCCUUAUACUCGUAUUGGGGCAAAGACUUUAUUGGCAAUCAACCCUUUUCGUUCGCUAUCUCAUUUGAAUGAUGCAAGUGCUGAAGAAUACAUCAAUUUGUGUUAUGAUGACGCUGAUUGGCAUUCAAAGGGUGUCCAAUAUGAUCCCAAUCAUGUCCUCCCUCCUCAUCCAUACGAAUUUGCAUUACGUGCAUACCAUGCUAUGAGAAGGAAGUCGUCUUCUCAAGCGAUUGUAUUUACCGGUUCAAGCAAUUCUGGCAAAUCGUUCACUUCCAAUCUGAUCACAAAUCAAUUACUCCGUCUUGCCUCUCGUUCUACUGAAGAGGAAGCUAUCUUAGCAGAUCGAUGUCAAGCAAUGGAACGAGUAUUGACUUCAUUCGGAUCAGCCAAAACACAUCAAAACAAUAAUGCAAGUCGAACUGGUCAAUAUAAGGAAUUACAUUUCAACAACAGAGGCAGACUUCAAUCCGCCAAAGUACUGACAUUCGGCUUGGAAAAACAACGUGUAUGUGCUUCAUUGGCAAGAGAUGAAAGAACAUUUCAUGUAUUCUAUCAGCUGCUUGCUGGCGCAUCCAGCGAAGAGCGGGAUGUGCUACGAUUGGAAGAUAUCACAUCUUAUAACCUCCUUCGUUCUUCAGGCUGUUAUCGAUUGACAGGCGGACCCUCCAGCGAUGACUCGAUUGCGAUGGAGGAAUUACGUGUCGCAAUGCGAACUUUGGGCUUCAAGACUCGACAAAUUCAAGCAAUUUGGAGUAUCCUGUCUGCAGUCCUCUUGCUUAAUAACAUAGAGUUUAGCGAACCCUACCUAUCAGACGGUGAAGAUGUUGAAGGUGCAACAAUCAGCAAUCCACACGUUUUGCAUGAUGCUUCCCUUUUGCUGGGCGUGGAAGCCAAUGAUCUGCAAGAAUGCUUGACAAGCAGAACCCGUUUUAUCAACAAGGAUACUGUGACAUCCAUCUUAUCCUUCGAAGGAGCCCGCGCUCAAAGAGAUGCAGUUGUGCGUGAUUUGUACGCCACUCUAUUUGCAUUCGUCAUUGAGACUGCAAAUCAUCGCUUAUCAACGACGAAAGAAGAAGAGAGGACUACUUGCAUCGUUCAAUUGGACAUUCCUGGAUUUCAACAAGCUGCUCAAGGUAAUCUCUCCUCUCACGGCAUCUUUGCCUUCAAUUUCAUGGCGGAGAUGGUGCAACAUUGGGUCAGCAGGCAAAUAUUCGAUGAUAGCUGCGUGUCGACAUCAGAGAUGCUGCUUGACGGUGUGCAACUGAAUGAGGUGACAGUCAACGACAAUUCAUCCUGUAUCGAAUUGAUCCGAGGAACAUGCUCGAUCGAGCCAAACUGUGCGGCAAAUUCCGAGCCAGCCGGUCUCUUGGGAGCCUUGAGAGAGACGGUGGAAGGUGUUGCAGAAGGUGAAAUACUUGAGAACGAUCACUUUGCUCUAUUACAGCGAUUGGAUCGGUCCGCCCAUCAUGCAUUGUACUCCGCUUCGCUCAAACAUGAUCGUAAAGCAUUUGCAGUCCAGCAUUAUCAAGACACAUGUACAUAUGAUCCUGCCUCCUUCAUUAGAGAUGAGCAAGAUCGAUUUGAUGUGUUGGCUGUACAGAUACUGCAACAAUCUCAAGUACCCUUUGUUGCAAAGCUAUUUUCAGGUCCAAGUCUAUCCCAAGAGAAGCAUCCUAUGGACUUCCAUGUCACCGUUGAUGCGCAAGUGUCUGUCCGUCCUCUCCGUUUGCCAGCCAAACCAAAUGCAACAUAUUCGACCGCUGAGUUGAGCUUGGAUGUUCAUCGUCCGUACGGUGUCUUGCAACAAUUGAACGAUACGAUGUCCACAUUGUUGGCCAAUAUGCAAGAAGCUGAAGCAAUAUGGACAAUUUUGACCAUUCGCCCGAACGAUAUCGAUCAACCGAAUGCAUUUGAAGCAAAUUGCGUCAAGAAGCAAAUACGAGCUAUGCAUGUGCCAGAGAUCACCUUACGUAAACGAAUCGAAUUCUUCACGGGAAUGGAAUAUGAAGAUGCUUGCAUUCGCUAUGCUGCUUGUGGCCUUGUACAAGCAGCUAUAGCAGCAGGCGUAGAUCAACCAAGUGAAAAGAUGUAUGCUUUUGCCAUUGCCAAUGCUUGGCGUGAUGGUGUUGACUUUGCGAUGGGUAAUGAGAAAAUUUGGCUUUCAUACGAAAGAUGGAGAGCAUUGGAAGAUCGUUUGCGAAUCGAUGAGCCUGAUCAACGUCUUCAUACCGUGACCAGAUUGCGAUCAAGGCUUUCAAGUGCUCAGUCUUUGGGCUCCAACGCAUACUGGUCUGCAGGCUCGAAGGGACUACAAUCACCUUCUGUUGGAGAAUGGGACGAGCUAUUGGAAAAUCCAAAGCAAGAUCCGUUUGCGGAUACCAAUCCGGCCGCUAUGGUGGAGGAACAUGACGAUCACCUCUAUCAAUAUCAAAACCAAACUGUACCACCGAUUGACAUGCUGGGAAAAGAGAAUACCAUGAUGGAAGCAGAAAAGAUGAACACGAUUGAAGAAGUUCCUAUCACAAGAGUACGUAGAUGGUGGGUACGCUUCACAUGGUUCUUCACUUGUUGCAUCCCAAGCAAAUUACUCUCAAGUUGUGGUGGAAUGAAAAGACCUGAUGUGCAGAUGGCAUGGCGAGAAAAAGUGACAAUUUGCUCAUUGAUCUUCUUGGCAUGCGCCUUGAUCUUGUUUAACACAAUCGCAGUUGGUCAUCUAGUCUGUCCCAAUAUGAACAAAGCAUGGAAUGCAGAUCAACUUUCAGGCUUCAAUAGACCGGAUGCAUACUAUGUUGCUGUUCGUGGGACGGUAUAUGAUCUGACAAAGUUUUGGCGCUUGCAACAUUCGGAUUCGUCUAGUCAAUCAUCGCCUGAUAUAAUGAUGCAAUUGGGCGGUUUGGAUUUAACACCUUACUUUCCCAUUCCUUUGACGAUUGGUUGUCCAUUCCUCGUCACUGACACCCAGCUUUAUCUGCAAACGAACGCCAGUUCAUUUUACUACUCUGCACAAAUAUCACAAGCCGUUCAUAGGAGCGGGCCAUUGGGUGAUCCGGCAAGCAAACUCUCCGACAUCAAUUGGUAUCCGGAUCGAUUCCUAAAGUAUGUGAACCAAUAUCGAAAAGGCUUUUUUGUCACUUCCCGUAAAGAUGUUGCCAAAAUGGCGGGAGAUCGACAAAGGGCAAUCAUUGAUGGGAAAGUGUAUGACUUGGGCGAUUAUCUAAACACACUCUCGUUGGAGAGUAAUGUUGCAGCGAUCAAAUUUUUGCCCGAUUCCAUCUCCAACCUUUUUGCAGGAGAACCUGGAAUGGACAUCUCGCAGAGCUACCACCAAGCAAUGGCAACAUUCAAUACCACUAUGCAAGAUGCAGUGCAAACCUGCCUAGACAACGUGUUCUAUGACGGUCUAGUUGAUUUCCGUGAGACGGCUCGUUGUCAAACGCAAAACUAUCUUUUGCUCUCUUUCAGUAUCAUUCUUGGUCUCACAAUCGUUGCUAAAUUCUUGGCGGCGCUGCAAUUAGCGCCAAAGAGAAAUCCGGAACAAUUGGACAAAUUUGUCAUUUGUCAAGUGCCAUGUUAUACAGAAGGUGAAGAUGAAUUACGCAAAACAAUCGAUUCUCUUGCCGCUUUGCAGUAUGAUGACAAACGCAAAUUAUUGUUCAUCAUUUGCGAUGGAACGAUUAUCGGUAAUGGAAAUGAGCAGCCCACGCCAAAGAUUGUAUUGGAUAUUCUCGGUGUAGAUCCAAAAGCAGAGGUGGAGCCGCUGAUGUUUAAAUCUAUUGCAGAAGGCUCAAAGCAACUCAAUUAUGGCAAAGUCUAUUCUGGCUUGUACGAAUUCGAAGGUCACGUUGUGCCAUAUGUUGUGGUCGUGAAAGUUGGAAGACCGUCAGAACGUUCUCGACCAGGCAAUCGUGGUAAGCGUGAUACACAAAUCUUGUUGAUGAGAUAUCUGAACCGAGUCCAUUUUGAUUCACCAAUGUAUCCUUUGGAGUUGGAGAUUUAUCAUCACAUGAAAAACGUCAUUGGUAUCGAUCCGGCAUUUUACGAAUACAUUCUCAUGGUGGACGCAGAUACCACUGUUCAUCCUGAAGGCUUGAAUAGACUCGUCGCUGUUGCGGCAGAUGAUUCAAAAGUGAUUGCCGUUUGUGGAGAGACAAAGUUGUUCAACGAAGAAGGGUCUUGGUGGACCAUGAUUCAAGUAUACGAGUACUACAUUUCUCACCAUCUUUCCAAAGCUUUCGAGUCUUUGUUCGGAAGCGUGACAUGUUUACCUGGUUGUUUCUCCAUGUAUCGUAUCCGAUCUGCCGAUAAAGGACACCCUUUGAUCAUCUCCAAUCGCGUCAUCGAUGAUUAUUCGGAGAAUCGGAUUGACACAUUGCACAAGAAGAACUUGCUCUCACUUGGUGAAGAUCGUUAUUUGACUACAUUGAUUCUCAAACAUUUCCCUGCUUUCAGUACCAAGUUCACAAGCGAUGCAAAAGCGCAAACUACGGCACCAGACCGAUGGGGAAUCUUGCUAUCGCAAAGAAGAAGAUGGAUCAAUUCAACCGUGCACAAUCUUGCCGAAUUGCUUUUAAUGCCUGAACUUUGCGGUUUUUGCUUCUUUUCGAUGCGUUUUAUUGUCUUUGUGGAUCUUUUGGGUACAAUCAUUUUGCCUGCAACGACGGUGUAUAUGGCAUACUUGAUUGUCAUGGUCUCUACCGGCAAGUCACCAUUCCCAUACAUUUCUUUGGCCAUAUUGGGAGCAGUCUAUGGGUUGCAAAUGUUGAUCUUCCUCUUGAAAAGACAGUGGCAAUACCUAGGAUGGCUGGUGAUCUACCUGAUCGCAUAUCCAAUUUGGUCAUUCUUUUUGCCGAUUUACUCAUUCUGGCAUAUGGACGACUUCUCCUGGGGAAACACACGUAUCGUUGUCGGUGAAAAAGGAAAUAAGAAAAUCGUGGCAGGAACUGACGAUGAGCCGUACGAUGAUAGAAUGGUGCCUUUGAAGAAAGUCAGCGAAUGGCAAAAGGAAGGUCAAAUGCAAAAUGCUUUACAGGGAAAUACCAAUGAUGCUGUUUCAUUCGUUACACAAACAGCGUCCAAUCUUCCAGCAUCGAAGUCCCAAGCACCUUUCAUACCUGCAUCUUCAUCUUUUGCUGCCCAUUCGCAAGCUGGCUCAGUAUUCGGUGCAAGUCCAGGCAGCGAUACAGAUACCAGAAGAGACAGGCAAACCUUUGCGAUGGGCAGCCUACCGCAAUCGCGAAACUCUUCUGCGCAUGGCGACUUUGGGGUUCGAGCAAGUCAGCACAGUAUGAUGGCUUUGAAUCAACCGUUCAUGGGUCAUAUGGGCGGCCAAACUCCUUAUGGUGGCUAUAUGACACCUGCUAUGAGUAUGUAUGGCUUGCCUCCUGCGCCAAUGCCAAGCAUGUAUGGUAUGCCGCCCAUGAUGAGCAGUAUGUAUGCAUCUCCAGCUGGUUCGGUUGUCGGCUUCCAAGGUGGCAUGGGACAAUCCUAUUUCCCUUCUCCAGGAUCGGACAUCGGCCCGUCAACGGCAACACAAAAAGCUGCUACAGGAAGCACUCCUCGAUAUUCGGCUGGUAACAUGUUGAUGAAUGCGGGAUCCUCAUUGAGAAGUGAACAACAAAACAAUCAACGUCCUCCUGGCCCUCGUUCCGCCUCCACGAUCGAUAGUCGAGCCAAUCCUUUCCAUAGUGAUUCAUCUAGUGAUGGCGUUCAACAGGCUAACACAGGCUCAAUUUUACCAAUCAAUCCCAAAGCAGAUCCAACGGAAGAAGAUAUUUCUAGUGCCGUUAGAACAUUCUUGGCCGGUCAACCUGAUUUGAUGAGAGUUUCGAAACGCGAUGUGCGUGAAGCAAUUGUUGCUGCAUUCCCUAAUGCACCUUUGAUGGCCGUCUCGAAGGGCAAGAUCAAUCGAGCAGUCGAUGAUACAUUGGCUAGUAUUUCGUAAUAUUACAACACCGUAAACGUACUUCAUUCGUCGCUUUGUACAUUUUCUCGCUCUUUUUCCUUUACAUCCUUUGUACCCUUGACCUUUUUUUCACUGUCCAAACCUCUUCAGCACCCGUGUGUAGUUAGACUUUUGUCGCACCAUUUAUAGAUACAUUGGACAAUCAAUAAUAAUUUAUAAGAUCGUAAGCUGAUUGAU